CGUUAGCCUGAGAGCUGCUAUGCCAGCCAUUAGCGCUAGGUGGCGUGUGAUCUCCACUCCGUCUCUUGUGGGAUCUUUCUCUUCCCCGUCAGUCCCCACCCUGUGAUUUUAGAGGGAGGGGAGAGGAGCAGGUUAGGAGUCAUCUCCUCAGAGAGGCAGCCCUGACGAUAUAGCUUGUGAGGCGCCUGGACCAAGGACAUCACCUGAUCGUCAGCCCCCGGCAGAGCAGACAAUAGCCGCAUCCCCUCCCCAGCACUGCAUAGUGUCCUUGGAGCGGCGGGAGCCGGGCACCAGCCCCAUCCCUUCUCGGCUCCUUCCUCCCAUGCAGCAUGUCCUGGUGGCCGGCAGCAUGUAAGCGGCUGUGUGAGCGGAGGUGCCUGCUACCGGGCCCCCGUGCUGUGCCUCCUCCUCCCGCCAGUCCUGAGGCUGUCAGUAUCCCGGGCAGGGUGUGUGGUGGUGAAUGGUGCACCCACCAUGAUGCAUGAGCAGCACUGACAGGCGCCCCCACCCGUCCUCACCAUGAUGGCAGCAGCAGUAGGACCCAAGGAUGCCUGUGACCUGAAGACUGCCCGGCUAUGGAGGGACGCGGCUCUGCGCUCCAGGAAGCUGCGGAGCAGUCUGCGCCAGCUGACCCUGAGCUGUGGCGAGCACAACAAGCUCAUCCUCCCGGAGGACCUGGGCGACGUGGAAGUGCUGAACCUGGGCAACAACUCCCUGGAGGACGUGCCCGAGGGCCUGCGGAGCCUGUCUGCCGGCAACCUGCACGUCCUGAUCCUGCGCAGGAACAAGCUGCUCAGCGUGCCCUCCGCCGUGUACGAGCUGGGCCGGCUCACCGAGCUCGACAUGAGCCACAACCGGCUGAGCUGCCUGACCGAGGCGGUGGGGCUACUGAGCCAGCUGAAGAAGCUGUGCCUGAGCCACAACAAGCUGCAGACCCUGCCCCGGCAGAUCGGCUCCCUGCUGCGCCUGGAGGAGCUGGACGUCAGCUUCAACCGGAUCACUCAGCUACCUGACAGCAUGCACGGGCUGGGCCGCCUCCGAGCCCUGGACCUGGACCACAACGAGCUGGGCAGCUUCCCUCAGCAGAUCCUUCAGCUGCCUGCACUGGAGGAGCUGGACUUCUCUGGUAACAAGAGGCUCUGCAGCAGCUGCUCCCUUCCUGAUGGCAUACGAGCCAUGACACCCCUGAAGAUCCUGUGGCUGAGCAGCACUGGCCUCUGCACCCUGCCUGACCCCUUCUGUGAGCUGACCAAUCUAGAGAGCCUGAUGCUGGACAACAAUCACCUCUCCAGCCUACCCGAGCGGUUCGGGGCACUGCAGAGGUUAAGGAUGAUCAACCUGUCCUCCAACUCCUUCCAGGAGUUCCCCAAGGCCCUGCUGCUGCUCCAGGACCUGGAGGAGCUCUACCUGAGCCGCAACAAGUUCACUGUGCUGCCAGAGGGCAUCUCCAACUUGUUCAGGCUGGUCACCUUGUGGCUGGAUAACAACAGGAUAAGGUACCUGCCAGACACCAUCGUGGAGCUCUGCUUGCUGGAGGAGCUGGUAUUGCAAGGUAACCAAAUAGCAAUUCUCCCAGAUCACUUUGGGAAGCUAUCCAAAGUCAAUAUCUGGAAGAUCAAAGACAACCCUUUAAUUCAGCCUCCUUAUGAGGUGUGCAUGAAAGGGAUCCCUUACAUUGCUGCUUAUCAAAAAGAACUUGCCCAUUCACAGCCUGCAGUCAAGCCAAGGUUAAAGCUGGUUCUCACUGGCCUCAAGAAUGCAGGCAAAACUGUGCUGAGACAUUGCCUGACGGACAGUCAGCAACCCAGCUGUAUACUGGGGAACACGGCCAUAGAAGUCACCAACUGGACAGCUGAUGCCGAGCGAGGACUUACUUUUAUAGUGUAUGACUUAGCUGGGGACCAGAGCUACGAUACUAUCAACCCCUUCUUCCUCUCCCCUGGUGCUUUAUAUGUUCUGGCAGUGAAUCUAAAGACCUAUGUCUCCAAGCAGUUUUAUACGUCUGUAGGCUAUUUUCUACAUUUUAUCAGUGCCAAGGUACCACAUGCAGUUGUAUGCAUAGUAGGAACUCAUGCAGAUUUAUGCGAGGAAAGGGACAUUGAGGAGAAAUGUCUUGCUAUACACCACCAGAUAGCUCUGCAGGAAAAAAAGGAUUCAGAGACCUUACAAAAUCUGGCACAGUCUGUGGAUGAAGCUCUUAGCCAAGACUAUGACAUGCGUGCCUCAAACCCUCAUGCAGCUUUUUAUGGUGUCAGUGAUAAGAAUCUGAGACGGAAGAAAGCCCAGUUCCAAUAUCUCAUGAAUAACCGUCUUCAGAUCCUCUCCCCAGUCCUCUGUGUUAGCUGCCACAAUUUUUCGAACAUUAGGCGCUUGAGGGAAAAGCUCCUGUCCGUGGCAGAACACAGAGAGAUUUUCCCAAACUUGCAUCGAGUUCUUCCCAAAUCCUGGCAAAUGCUGGAGGAAUUGCACUUUAAACCUCAGGAGCUGUGGCUGACCUGGUGGGACUCAGCACGCCUAGGCCUACAGGCGGGCCUUACCGAGGACAGGCUGCAGAGCGCCCUGUCCUACUUACAUGAGAGUGGCAAGCUGCUCUACUUUGAGGACAAUGCCACUCUUAAAGAGUAUGUUUUUCACAAUCUGACAAAAUUGAUUGACAUCCUGAAUGUCUUUUUCCAGAGGGACGCCUCAGUCCUGCUACAGAAACUCAUGAGUGACACUAAUGUGGACGAUCUAAAGGCUGCCCAGUUACAUCACUAUGUGGAAGGGUUCCUACUUCAUGGACUGUUGCCCACUCAUAUCAUUAGGUUACUCCUUAAGCCACAUAUCAAAACACAGCAAGACCUGCAGCUUAUACUAGAACUUCUGGAGAAGAUGGGGCUCUGUUACUGUAUCAAUAAACACAAGUCCAAACCACUGAAUGGGGCCACUGCUUGGUACAAGUUCCCUUGCUAUGUUAAGAAUGAGGUGCCUCAUGCGGAGGCUUGGAUCAAUGGUACAAACAUAUCAGGACAGUCUCUUGCGGUUGAACAGCUUCAGAUAGAAUACAGCUUUCCCUUCAUAUUUCCACCUGGCUUGUUUGCCCGUUUUAGCGUCCAAAUUAAUAGUCAUAUUGUGCACCGUUCAGAUGGGAAAUUUCAGAUCUUUGCCUACAGGGGGAAAGUGCCAGUUGUUGUAAGCUUUCGACCGUCAAAAGGAGCCUUACAGUCAGACAUUUUGUCAAUUGCCAGCCAUGCUUCACUGCCUAAUAUAUGGACUGCAUGGCAGGCAAUAACCCCAUUGGUGGAAGAACUGAAUGCACUAUUACAAGAAUGGCCAGGCCUAUACUACACAGUAAAUGUCCUAUGCUCCAAGUGCCUUAAGAGGGGAUCGCCAAAUCCGCACACCUUCCCAGGAGAGUUGCUGACUCAGCCGAGACCAGAAGGGAUAAAGGAAAUAAUCUGUCCUAAAAAUGGCAGUGAGCGAGUGAACGUCGCCCUGGUUUAUCCCCCUACACCCACAGUGAUCAGCCCCUGCUCCAAGUGACUUCCCAAUACCCUGCUUCUUUGCUGCAGUAUUUGUGAGCUAUGAAAGCAAAGAUUUAAAGGAAGAAAAAGACAAUCAAAGCACCCAAAGUAUAUAUCAAAACUGGGAUAUUGCAACGUUUUGGAAUGCAGCAAAGGCACACCUCUUAUUAACUGACAUUAACAGACCUGUUUCACUUCAAAGCUUUAAAGAAAUAUGAAGAACUUCUUAAUUUAUUGCAGCAUAUGGUUUAUGGGCAGAAAUGGAUGCACUGCAUCCAUGGACACGACGUGAACUUUAUUUUUCUUACUGAGGUUUUUUUUUAUUUAUAUUUAAGAACGGACUUUUGUGGACAAUACAGAUUGUUGUUGGUAUUGGGUAAUGUUCUUACUCCACUGUAUAGAUAUUUCAUCUGUUAUAUAUCACAGGAGAGAGUUGUGAGAAAUAAAUGAUUAUGUUAAUGGCGUCUCAGGGAUCUGCUUGCCAGGCACUUAUAAGCCAUAACAUGUAACAUUGUAUUAUUGUGAUGGUUUGCUCUUUAAAGGGGUAUUCCAGUAAAAAAAACACAAAUUUUUUUCAUAUCAUCUGGCUCCAGAAAGUUUAACAGAUUUGCAAAUUACUUCUUUAAAAAAAGUCUUAAUCCUUCCAGUACUUAUCAGCUGCUGAAGUUGAGUUGUUCUUUUCUGUCUGACCACAGUGCUGGCUGCUGACACCUCUGUCUGUCUCAUUAACUGUCCAAAGUAGGAGCAAAUCCCCAUAGAAAACCUCUCCUUCUCUGGACAGUUCUUGAAACAGACAGAGGUGUCGGAAGAGAGCACUUUUGUGAGACAGAAAAGAACAACUCAGCAGCUGAUAAGUUCUGGAAGGAUUAAGACUUUUUUUUUUUAAAGAAAUAAUUUGCAAAUCUGUUAAACUUUCUGGAAUUGGAAGGAUAAAGAUGUUUUUAAUAGAAGUAAUUUGCAUAUCUCUUUAACUUUCUGGAGCCAGUUGAAUACCCCUUUAAAUGUAAAACAUAAUCCACUGAAGUUCACUGGUAUUUGACUUUUUUGUUUUUGACAAAAUAUCAUCGUUUUGUUUUUAAAUAUACAGAACAAAAAGCACAUUAAAUUUUAUACAUCUCACAAUUCUGUUUUGGUGUGGUAA